CUCUACUCGAACUCGGCGCGCUCCUCCGUGCGCUCCGAUCCGAUCCCGCGAGAGCUUUACAUAUACAGCGGGUAUCGCACCUCCCCUCCUCUCUCUCUCUCUCUCUCUCUCUCUCACCUCCACCCCAUCAUCCCCACCCCCGCCAACCUCGUCGAUCUCGGCGGAGAUCGGCCCCAAACCCCUCCUCUCCCAAUCCCGAACCCUAGAUUCGGGAUCUCUCGUAGCCCCUCCUCCGAUUCGGAUCUCCGCUUCUCCCGAUCCCGUUCGUAGAUUCCCGAGUUUCCCCGAGAUCUAUGUAUACUAUGUUGGAAUUUUGACGUUGAAACAAGAGUAGCUCUUUUAUCAGCUAGAGGAUGGCGUGGUUCGGUAAGGUCUCGUUGGGAGGCCUCCAGGAUUUGGCAGGGGCGGUGAAUAAGAUAAGCGAGAGCGUGAAGAACAUCGAGAAGAAUUUCGACAGUGCCCUUGGAUUGGAGGAGAAACGGGAUGGUGAAGAAGCAUCAGGAUCAUGGGCAUCAUUGCCAGAUACAAAAGGGCUUUUUGAUCCUGUCAUGGCCCUCAUGGGCCAUAAAGGAGAUGAAAGUUCUUCUGAAGUACCAACUGAAAUAGCAUCUCCAGAACACCCUCCAGCAGCCGAAGAAAGUAAUAGAUCUUCUGCUGAAGGGCCAUCUAUAUCUAAAGAAGAAACCGUAAUUUCUGCUGAGAAGGAUGAGGAAGAUCUUGAACAGGUUAAAGACAUUGGUCCUCAAACUGCUAGUGUCACACCAUCGGAGACUGAAGAACUUAACGAGCACAAAAUUGAUGAUAGAACAGCUGAUGUACCAGCUCAAACAGAUAUAUCAAUAGCCACAACUACGGAGGCAACAGAUUCUGUUAUACACCAAGAAAAGGAAAAAGAAGAAAAUGAAACCAGGGAUUUAUCCCUGGCAGAAGAUUCCAAACAAAUGACUGUUGAGCAUGCUGAACAAACUGAGAACAGCGUUCUCAAUACACCUGAUGACGAACAUCAUGCAAGCGAUUCACAAGAGAGCCAUGAAAAAUUUGAGAAGGAAGAUGAUCAAGUUUCUGGCGAAGUUUCUCCUGAUCACGAUGAUGGUGUAGAUAAUAGCCAAGUUAGCCAUGGAGUAGAGUCCAAAGAAAUUUCAGUUGGAUCAAGGUAUGAUGAUGCAAAUAAGCAAUCUGAUAAUCAUGAGGAAUCAAUCAGUUCUGAGCAGGAUUCAACUUCACUUUCUGAGCCGUUACCACCUGCUAAUGCAUCUAGUGAGUUGGCGGAAGUAAGUUCUCAGGGAAAGGAUUCUGAAUUAGAGGAGAAGAAAUCAUCAGUUGUCAUAGCAACAAAUUUACUGAGUUCUUCUGAUCCUGUUCACGAAAUUGAGAAAUUAAAAAAAGAAAUGAGUGUGUUGGAAGCUGCAUUGCAAGGUGCUGCCAGACAAGCCCAGGCCAAAGCUGAUGACAUUGCAAAAUUGAUGAAUGAGAAUGAGCAGUUGAAAUCUGUAAUUGAGGAUUUGAAGAGGAAGUCCAUGGAUUCUGAAAUUGAUGCGCUGAAAGAGGAAUAUCACCUAAGGGUUUCAUCUCUUGAAAGGAAGGUCUAUGCACUGACCAGGGAAAGAGAUACAUUAAGGAGGGAGCAAAGUAAGAAAAGUGAUGCAGCUGCUCUUUUGAAAGAAAAGGAUGAGAUAAUCAAUCAAGUCAUGGCUGAAGGCGAAGAGCUAUCGAAAAAACAAGCUGCACAAGAGGGCACUAUAAGGAAACUAAGGGCUCAGAUUCGUGAGCUUGAAGAAGAAAAGCAAAGGCUCAACUCAAGGCUUCAGGUAGAGGAGACAAAAGUUGAAAGUAUUAAGAGAGACAAGGCAGCAACUGAAAAGUUGUUGCAAGAAACCAUAGAGAGGAAUCAAACAGAACUUGCUGCUCAGAAGGAAUUCUACGCCAAUGCACUUAAUGCAGCAAAAGAAGCUGAGGCAUUAGCAGAGGCACGAGCCAACAGUGAAGCCAAAAUUGAACUUGAAAGUCGGUUAAGAGAAGCUGGUGAAAAGGAAGCAAUGCUUGUUCAGACACUCGAGGAGCUUAGACAUACAUUGACUAGGAAAGAGCAAGAGGCUGCCUUUAGAGAGGAAAUGCUCAAAAGGGAUUUUGAUGAUCUUCAAAAGCGUUAUCAAGCCAGUGAACUUCGCUAUAAUGAGUUGAUCACACAAGUUCCAGAGUCAACCAGGCCGCUUUUAAGGCAAAUUGAAGCAAUGCAGGAGACAGCUGCUCGGAGAGCAGAAGCUUGGACUGGCGUAGAGAGGGCUCUCAACUCUCGCCUCCAGGAGGCAGAAGCCAAAGCUGCAGCAGCAGAGGAAAGAGAGCGAUCUCUAAAUGAGCGUCUAUCUCAAAGUUCAUCUCGAAUAACUGUUUUAGAGACCCAGAUUACAUGUCUUAGAACAGAGCAAACACAGCUGAGUCGGUCUCUUGAAAAGGAACGACAGCGAGCAUCUGAAAGUAGGCAAGAAUAUCUAGCUAUAAAAGAGGAAGCUGCAACUCAAGAAGGUAGGGCUAAACAACUUGAACAUGAAAUUAAGGAGCUUAGGACGCAGCACAAAAAGGAGUUGCAAGAAGCAACAGGGUCAAAAGAACUUCUUGAGAAGGAACUUGAAAGGGAAAGAAGUGCUAGAGAAGAAUUAGAAAAAGUUGCUACUCGUGAAGCACCUAAAGUUGUCAAUCAAGAUCUAACGAGAAACUACCCCAUUAGAAAACUUUCAAGUGCUGGGAGUCUGAAUAGCAUUGAAGAAAGCUUUUUCUUGCAAGCAUCUUUGGAUUCGUCUGAUGGCUUCCUGUCUGAAAGGAGAAUGUCCGGGGAAAGUAAUGUUUCCCAAUAUUUCCUCAAAAGCAUGACACCAAAUGCUUUCGAAGCUGCACUUCGUCAGAAGGAUGGUGAACUGCAAUCUUACAUGUCGCGCCUGGCCUCGUUGGAGUCUAUCCGUAACUCACUAGCUGAGGAUCUGGUGAAAAUGACUGAGAAAUACGAAAAGUUGAAGGUAGAAGCAGCUGUUUUGCCUCGCUUGCGGGACGAGCUGGAUGCUUUAAGGCGGCGCCACUCUGCAGCACUUGAGCUUAUGGGCGAACGUGAUGAAGAGUUGGAGGAGCUGCGAGCCGAUAUUGUCGACCUAAAGGAGAUGUACAGAGAGCAAGUUAGUUUGCUUGUGAACAAGAUGCAGAUGCUUAGUUCCUCAGUUUAGACACCCAGCUCACGAUUUUCCCGACAGAAACUACCAAAAUGGUUGAAACAACAAAGCUGUGUCAAUCCUGCUUGAUUAUUUUUUGAGUACAGAACUAGAAGUUGAGCAUAUUCUUUAAAAUUUUUAUCGAGUCCAGGACUCUCAUAGCCUUCGCUCCGGAGCCCCUUCAAACUGCCUGCCUUUAAAGAAAAAUUUCCAAACUGGGGUUCAUACUGCACUCUGCAGUGUAUACUUGUACCGGCCGUAUUUGUUUGUCAUACGGCAGAUCUUGUGCAGUAAGUUGAUGUACAUGUGCCCAAAUCUUUACAAGUUGGAUUUACCUCUCUUUUCAAGAAAAUCUGUUAUAGUGGAAUUUCUUUCAGUUUCUCGUAAACCUAUUCGUGUAACUAUUUGAUAAGGUGGUUGUGUUUUUGAGUGUAACGAAGGUGCAAUGAUCUUCAGGCGAUCUUCCGAUGCCUUUGCCUUC